AUGCAGAAGACCAUCCAGGGCAAGGACGAGGCCGCCGCGCUCGCCGUGCUCAAGCAGCAGCCGGCCGAGGGCGUCGCGCCGCUGCCGUUCCAGCCGGACAUCGCGCUGCUCUACGCCGUGGUGACGGAGCCCACGCUGGCCAAGCAGUACCUCCGGUAUCUGACGGCUGUGGCCGCCACGGACAGCUACAAGAACUGCAUGGGCUGGCUGCAGAAGCUCAUCGAUCUCAAGUUCGUCAAGCUGCUGGUCGGGUGCCGCAGUCAGUUACUGUGGCUUGUGAGGGAGCUGGUGCAUCUCAAUGCGCCGGGGGUGGACAAGGUGAUUGUCUGCUUGAUGAGGUACCUGACCGGAGGAGAUCCGAGUCGGACGACGGUCUGGCUGGCGUCGUCGAUCAUCCGGAUAUUGAUCGAGCACGAGGCUUGGCUGCUGUCGUGCUCGAGUUUGAUCCCUUUCGUGUUCCAUACGUUCGCGAGAAUCUCGUUGGAUCAUACAGCCUCGCAACAUGCAAACUUGUUGAAGCAGGAGGUGGAGCUGUGCACUACGCUGUGGAACCGUCGGCAGGCGGAUGUGGCUCAGCUUGGACGGGAAAUUGUGCGCGUGCUCAGUGAUGCCAAGGAUAUCCCCGGAAUGAACGCACUCUGGAAGCAAUUGCGGAACGUUCGUGAUACUGCAGAACCGGACAAGGACGUUACGGUGUACUCUGUUGCACAAUUGAUGGCUAUUCCGACCCCUCCAAGAUAUCUCGCCUAUCGUUUGAACCCCAAAAUGGAGGAGUAUCUUCUCUUUAUGAUGGAACGCGUUCAAGCUGGAUCCGUGACGCGCUACCAAAAGUGGUUUUCGUCUCAAUUUUUGAGCAGUCCUGGAUCGGAUGCUCUAGUCCCCGACCUUGUGCGCUACAUCUGUGCCGUGUAUCAUCCUUCAAAUCAAGUUCUGAGCUCCAAGGUGACACCACGCUACCACAUUCUUGGGUGGCUCUACCUUCUCUGCCACGGCAGUAAGACGCCAAGCGUGUUGGCCCGAGUACAGCUUGCCAUGUUCUUCGACUAUUUGUACUUCAAGCCAUCGGACAACAUUAUGGCAGUGGAACCGGCGAUUUUGUUGAUGGUGAAAUCACUGAAGAGUCAUCCGAUGGUGACGCUCGCCAUGAUUCAAUUCCUUGUCUUUGCUGUUGAAAAGUUUGCAGCAUCAGCUAUUAACCGGAAGCUGAUGCAGAAGGGCGUGUCGACAGCGUUCGCGAUGAUUUUGAAGCUCGGUGUUGUGCCGUCAAUCCUUCCACUUCAGACGUUCCCCAUGCUGCAGUCGAGUGCCCCAGAAUUGCAAUCAGAGCUUCACCGAAUCUUUCCGGAGCAUUUCCCCUCUGCAGAGAACGCCAACAAGGCUCAAGCGCAAGCGUCCCACCCAAGUCCUCUUUCAAGUUCUGGCGGCAGCCCUGCCAGGUCUCCGGGUCCAAGCUCAUCGCCUGCCAGACAGUCUCCAAUCAGGCAAUCGCCCGUCCAUCAGUCUCCUGUUCGGUCGCCGGUUCGACAGUCGCCGGUGCGCAGCAGCCCAAUUGGAGCAGGAAGCCCGGUCACGUCGCCGCUACGCUCGCAAAGUCCUACACAUUCCGACUCCAGCAUGAGUGGUGUCGGGGCGCCGUCCGACACGAACUCUCUCGGCGCGUUAUCAUUUUUGCCUGACAAUCAGCAACCGGUACAUGGUACAGCAGAGAUGCCUGCGCCAAACGACACGCCUGCUGCUACACCAACACCCGCCAUCUCGAAGCAGCCGCUGGUUGACAUCCCGGAAACCUUGAUUGCUCUGGGAGGUGACGACAUCAAGCACUUCCAACAAACGAUGCCUGACCCAUGUUCACGCCCAACUGAAAGUUUUUUGGAGUGCUUGAACGACAUUUUAAUUUCUUGGAUUCGGCAGGAUAAUGCCGUCGAAAUCGCCGCUCCACUGGGCUCGUUCCUGCAUUCCUCGCUGGAAAGGAUAAUCGUGUCGUCUCGAAUUGCUCUGAGUGACUCCCCCAAGGCUACGUCUGCUGGCGUGUUUGAUUCAAUGCUGGACCAACCAUAUUCUGCAUUCGUCGAGUCAAUUGGUGGCAAUUUGGCGCAAAACAUAAUGAAGGACUUGAACCUGAGCCAGCAGAUCGAUGAUGCUCGAGUUCAAGCAUGCGCUCUAUUGGGGAAGACGGUGCCUGCAAGUGUGUCGAAGGACGAAAUGGAUGCCGUGAGUGCUACGACACUUUUUGUAUGCCCUUACUUGUUUGCAAACAUGGAGCACCCGUUCCUGUCCAAGCUCCUGGGUCGCAGCGAAGCGCUUGUCCAGCUGCUUCUUGGACUGGUCACUCCCGCUAUGCUCAACGCCCUGUGCACUCGUGUCGUUAUGCGUGAGUUUGCCAUUUUCAAGAACCGUCUAGCAAACAUCGUGCUUUCGUCGCUGCAGUGGACAUCGUGGGAGCAAUACGGUAUGUGGGAUCUGGUGGUGGCGGAGCUUCAGUCAGGGCGAUCUGCUGUAGCCGAGAAGGAUAUGAUGGCAGCGGCACGCAAGGUGCUCGCCUGUGUCAACCCGAAGGAGAGCCCAGAGACGAUGACAGGGCUGCUCAAGUGUCUAAUCCACUUCAGCCCCGACAUGACCGUGCUACGGAGCGUGUUCAAGCUCCCCGACACGUACGACGACUUCCCGUUUGCAGUAUUAGCGUGCUGGAUGAACAAGUUCCCGGACGUGGUCACAGGCCACGUCCGCAGCUCUCUGGAAAGCGCGGGCGACAGCGACCUCUCCAAGGACAAGACGCUGUCCGAGCUGGUACGAAAGUUGGACCGCCUGCAAGAGCUGCAAAGCCGUCGCACCCCCAAGACUGGAGAGCUCGCUGUGCUCAAGGACCAAACUAUCACCUCGGCCUUGAAGAAGCUGCUGCAACGAUCCGACGCCUCAUCUGCCGCCAGCGACUUUUACGCAUUGCGAGCAGUGUUAUUCAAUGAGGAGCCUCCGCACAAGAAGCAGCGCCUCGCAGGAGACAGCAACUAAUGCCUUAGGCAGUGCAAACACAUGGGUAAAUAUCUUCUGAACGUU